AUGUGCACGACCGAUCAGCGUGGCAUGGCAUCGUCCGUACAGGCACAUCUUCAUGCCAGUGGUACCAGACCAGGUUACACCACAAAGGACCAACUACCGGCGGUAAUUGUAGCUCGGUGCAAAUCACCAUCGGCCACAGCCAUUGCCGUCAAGACACCGUUCUCGAUCGAGGACAUACUGUUCCAAAACGGUGGGGCAAGUGUUGGACAUCCUGCCCGUGAACAGGCGGUCAGUGUGAGAGCGAUUCCAUCGCCCAGUGACCAUCCGGUGGAAUCGGACCUGGAAGAGUCGGAUAGUGAAGAAACGCCGGAAGUGGCAACUGUUCCAACGCACAAUGGGUCGAACAGCCGUAGCAAAAGUUCGUGUGACUUGAGUGCGUCCGAACGCGGACUUGUGAGUGGUAAUAGUAACAACGGUGCUGUGAAUGGGAACGGUGGAAAUAAUACUAAAACUGGUGAGGUUUGUGUGCGUGGAAGAAGUGGCCAUGAUGGGAAUGGAUUGGUUAAAGGGGGAGAAGACGAAUAUCGCAAGAUGGUGCUGCACUCCGAAAGAUUUGGUAGUAAAUUAAACUUGGACCCCAGUACACCACAUCCACAACCUUCGGCCACAUCAGCUCCACGUCCUCAGCAACCACCACCACCGCCGCCUGCUCCACCCGUGAGCAGUUCUGGGCCUGUUCAAUUUACCAGUGGACCGUCGGCCGGCGUCAUGUACACGGCCAACCCGUACAGUGAUCCGGGCUAUCUGCAGAUGGCACUCGGCGCCUAUCUGGCACCGUCGGCCAGUGGGUACAAAACAGUCGACCCAUACUUCCUUUCGCAAGGAAUUUUCGCCAGUUCACCCCUAUUCCCCGGUGCCGGAUGUCCCGAUAUUGCCCUCGGUCUCGGAAUGGGUAUGAGUGCGCUGCGACAUUGCCGACGCCGGAAAGCUCGCACCGUGUUCAGUGACCCGCAACUGACAGGACUGGAGAAGCGCUUCGAAGCACAACGCUACUUAUCAACACCGGAACGUGUCGAACUGGCGUCAGCGCUUGGGUUGAGUGAAACGCAAGUGAAGACCUGGUUCCAGAAUCGGCGCAUGAAGCACAAGAAGCAACUUCGUCGACGUGAGGUCAACGCUGCCGACACCAAUGGAUCGAAUGGCACUGGGUCCAGCGCCGGUGGAAAUACCAACUCAUCCUCGUCCUCCUCCACCUCGAGCCGCCUACAUGGACCACCACAAGCGUCCUCUUCUGGCUCGUCCACUUCAACAUCGUCGUCUUCCUCGUCCGGAUCAUCAGCAUCGUCCGCUACCGGUGAGAAAGGUGGCUUUACCGCCUACAGCAAUGGCAAGACUUCCACGGGUGGAGUGUCACUCGGUACCAAACCUCCACCAAGCUCGUCCGCCUGCUCGUCUGCCUCUUCGUCCUCGACCUGCACGAGUGCCGGUGUACUAAAGCCCUUGACCGGCAGUGGAUCGAUGCAUUCAUCCUUUAGCUUAGUGAAACGUUCGGCAGCUGCUGCAGCGGCGGCAGCGGCAGCAGCAGCGGCCGCAGCAGCUUCCAUCAGCAAUGGGGGACCGGGCGGAUCGAUUCAUCAUCCGUUUCAUCCUAAUCAUCAUCCACAUCCCCAUCAGCAGCAGCAUCAUCAUCAUCAUCCUCACCACCAUCACCAGCAGCAGCAGCAUCAAGCUGGAUCUCAUCACCUCCUGGCGACACACCACCUGACACACCUCGGUCCUCCACCCACCCACCGCACCCCACCCACGAGUGAGGAUGAAAAUGAGCUGAUGAACGACAGUGAUUCUGACUGCAGUGACGUAGACAUUGUCGGCGACGAUCAAGGCUAUCUUACGUAA